CCAUUUUAGUCCACUUGUCAACUGUCAAGCAAACAUGUUUGCGUGAAAAUAAUUAAAUAAACGCUAAAACCGCAUUUUGAACGUUUCGUGUUGUGUUUUCGGUUCCUUUAUCAUUAUUUAAUGUAACGCGUUAUCGUAAGUAUCUAAAAUUGGCGAAUUUUGGCCUGAAAUUGUUUUGGUGUCGGUAGGUGAACUAGGGCUUCUCUAAAACUUAAAGUAAUGUCCGUUCAUUAUAAAUUUAAGUCGGCUUUAGAGUAUGACACUGUCACGUUUGAUGGUUUGCACAUUUCCGUCAAAGACUUAAAAAAUGCCAUUAUACAGCAAAAAAGAAUCGGGAAAAACACGGAUUUUGAUCUGCAAGUGACCAAUGCCCAAACUAAAGAAGUUUACGAAGACGAGAAUGUGCUGAUCCCGAAAAAUACAUCACUUUUAAUUGCUCGCAUUCCCACGGCUGCUCAGACGAAAAGCAAGCAAUGGGAGGGCUACGGGGGCGACUCCACGCCGCCUAUGAAGCUGGACGAAGUGGGUCCCAUUGCCAAAGCCGUGGACUUGUCGAGUCUCGACGCCCCCGAGGACGAUAAAAUUAAAGCCAUGAUAUCGCAAUCCACUCAAGAUUACGAUCCCAGCAAUUACAUGAAAAUCCGCGGGGCCAACCAAAUGGGGGCCGUCCCGCCCAACUACCGGUGCUACAAGUGCCACCAGACGGGCCACUGGAUCAAAGACUGCCCCCUUAGCAAGGGCCCUGAACCCAUAGAAAUCAAAAAAAGCACCGGCAUUCCAUUAAGCUUCAUGGUGCCAGUGGAGGGCCCCCAGGUCCAGGGGGCCAUGAUGACGCCCAAUGGUUCCUACGCCGUCCCCGUCCUGGACCACCAAACCUACACACAGAAACAAACAGCUCCAGCCCCGCCACCCGUUCAGGAACUGAAGCCUGAAAUCCCCGAAGAUUUGCUUUGUUCGAUUUGUUCCGAUCUGUUGACUGAUGCCGUUAUGAUUCCCUGUUGCGGGAACUCGUUUUGUGACGAGUGCAUUCGGAGCUUUUUGCUCGAGAGUGAGGAGCACGAGUGUCCCGAUUGUCACGAGAAAGAUAUUUCGCCGGCGACUUUAAUACCGAAUCGAUUUUUACGAAAUUCUGUUGCUAAUUUUAAAAAUACGACCGGAUAUGUGAAGAAACCGGUCUACAAGCAAACGAGAGUGGAGGAUCUUCCAGAGGUUAAGGUCAAGGAAGCAAAGGUUCAACCUGAACCAAAAGUUGAGGAGGAAAAAACUGUCAUUAGUGAAGCUGACUCGACUGAACAUUCGAAAAAUGAGGAGAAGGGGGAGGUUAAAAGGUCGCCGAAGGUCGAGCCUGAAACCAUACCUGAAGGUCCUCCAGGUGUCUCACCAGCUGAAUCGCCCAAAACACAGUCGAUAACGAAGAGAGUUAACUCGUCACGCGAGCGAUCAAACACCUCAAGACAGCACAGGCACAGGUCUCGGGAUGAAUCUCCCAGGCGCCACCAUCGCAACCACCGCAACUCGCCCUAUCGUGACUCAGGACGUUCUGAGGAGAGGGCUGGCACCCCCACCGUGGACGAGCCGGGCGUGGCCCCCACCGCGAAUUACCCGCCUCCGGAGGUUCGCCCGUACAAUGCCCCGCCCAUGAUGGGGAUGGUCCCGCCUAUGCAAGGCCCGCCUCCUAAUUUCCCGCCCGGUUACACGAAUCCGCCGGCCCCAAUGGGGGCGUUUCCGCCAACGAACGGUCCUCCUCCCAAUUUCCGGUUGCCCCCUCCAGGAGCGGCCCCUCCUUACAUGCCCCCGGGUCCGUAUCAAGUCCCCCCGAGACCGAUUUUCGACACGAGUCGGCCCCCUAUGACCGGACCUCCGCCCAUGUAUAAUCCCUCCUAUCAGAGUUCAAGGUCGCACCACAGGGAUUACGGGAUGAGUGACCGCAGGAUGCGGGGCAGGACACCGUCAGGGAGAAAUUACAGAGUUAUUGAUGAUCCGCUGGCGGCGUUUAACCGAAUGCUGCGUGAGAAGGAUGAGAGGGAGAGGCGUGCCAAACGGAGGCGGAGUUACAGCAGGAGUCGGAGCCGAAGUCGGAGCUACAGUCGGUCGCCGCGUCGUUUGCGCAGUCGCUCGCCGAGGAGGCGGAGUCGCUCAAGGUCGUUUUCGAUCAGUAGGUCACGCUCGAGAUCGUUCUCGGGCAGUUUGAGGGGUUCCCCGUUUAGGGACUUCUCCCCUAGACAUUCGCCCCCGAGACGAAGGGGACCUUCGCGCUACAGGUCGCCCAUUCGCUCGCCUCCAAGACACCGGUUCAAGGACAGCCACCAGUUUCGCGAUCGCGACUACGACGACAACGAUCGGGACCGGGAUUACGGAAGGGAUGAUCGCGGUUAUAGUCGAGACCGUGAGCACAGAGGGCGCGAGGAUCGGGAUCGGGACAGGGAUAGGGAUUAUUAUUACGAUAACUACGAUGAGAGAUCGAGAGGGAAAGGAUGGGGGCAGCCGAGAGGACCGCCGCCCCCAACACAAGCCGAGACGUACUACCAGAACGAGAUGCAGUAUCCGCCGCCUACAAACAGGUACCCACCAAGGGAUUAUCCGCCUCCUUAUGCCAAGGAGCCUCACGUCAUGCCGCCUGCGAUGAUCCCGCCGCGACGCUACGAUGACGUAGCGCCUCCUGGUGUUGAAGAACCGCCGGUUCCAGGCUUGGAAAACACCAGGUUUGAAGACCGGUUUGAGCGAUUCCCGAGCCCGAAGAAGGAAGAAGGGAAGAAGGAGAAGAAGAGACACGAGGCGCGAAGUCGGUCGCCGGAGAAGAAACGAAGUCCGGAAGUCCGGAGAAAGUCCAAGUCGAAGGAUAAGGACAGUCCGGAUAAGCACAAGAAGAAGAAACGGGACGCGUCGAGCGAUCGCGAUAAGAAGACGACGUCCGAUGAAGAAAAGUCGAAGAAGAGUAAGGAUCGGAAGAAGAAGAAGGAGAAGAAGGAUUCGGACAAGAAGAGACGCAAGGAGAAGAAGGAGAAGCAUAAGGAGAAGAGGCACAAGGAGGAGGCCAAGGACGAGGCGCCGCAUAAGGAGGAAGACGAGGAGGAGGAGAAGAAGGGACGAAGUCCUGACGCUAAUGACGAGAAUAAAGAAGAACCAAAAACUGAUUUGUACGAUGAUAUGCUGGCAGAGGGUGUCGAUACGAAUGUUAUUGAGAGUUACGGCAAAAUGGAAGAGUCGAGUGUUGAACGGGAAGAGAGUUUCGAAGAGAAGGCGCCGGAACGGACUUCGGAAGAACGCGAAGUCCACAAAGAAUACGAAGACUCGGAGAAGGAUAUUUUGGAGAUUCAUCCAGACAUUGAUUUGAAGACUGAUUUGGACGUCAAGAACGAAAUGUUGGCGCAUCUUCCGGAGAAGUCCAAAUGGGAAGUCGAAGAUGACGUUCUGCUGCACUCGCAGACUAGUCCGAAAGAAGUGGGCAGAAAUGAGGCCAAGUCCGAUAAAUUAGGCAAAGUUACGAACGAGGUUCUGAAAAGGGCCGAAAAUGCCAUUUUCGCCAAAGCUAUCAACGCAAUUCGUCCCAUCGAGAUCAAGAAAAUCAGCACAGAUAGAGCCAAGCUGUACUCUGGUGAGAAGGAAGAAGAUGAAAAAGAUGAAGAUGUUGAGAUAAAGAGUGUGGUCAACAUUGAAGACAAGUCCGAUCGCAAGAAGAUCGAAGCUCCCAGUCAGCCCCCUGUCCGCCUGUCUGUCAAAGAACGUCUCGGUAUAAAAAUCGACGAUAUGGACAGAAUUGUGAAAGUUGACCGAAACAAAUCACGGAGCGUUUCGCCUUUUUCGCGACGUGCCAAUGAAAUCGCCCGAAACUACGGUGUGGGAGAACGCAGAGUCGAAGUUGUUGAUAAGAGAAGAAGGGAAAGGUCGCGCCAUAGAGACCGACGCGAUUUUCGCAGAGAAGACGUUUCGAGAAGAGACAGACGGGACAGAAACGACAGUCGAAGGAAAGAUGACCGGAGACGUGACCGCUCGAAAAGUAAACCAAAAUCGGGCCAGGAGGACGAAAAGAAAGAAAAGAGGAAACGUUCCAAGUCGCGAAGCGACAGCGAGGACCGUAAAGACAAGCGCAGGAAGAAAGACAAAAAAGUAAAGAAGGAUAAAACAAAGAAGAAAGACGAUGAAGAGAAGAAGGAAGAGCCGAAAAUUGAUGAAGCACAAAAAACUAGGACCGUGCCGGAGAAAAGGAAGCCCACAAUCGACGAGGCUAAUUUUGAACCGGACUAUGAUUUGGAAAGCGAGUCGGAGAAAGAAGAGAAGAAAGAGAAAAAACUUGAGGAGAAAAAAUCGAGUUCGAGCUCCGACUCGUCCGAUUCGACUUCGGAUGAUGAUAAGAAGCGGAAGAAACAUAAGAAGCACCGGAAGAAGAAGAGUAGGAAGGAUUCGAGUUCGAGCAGUUCGGACUCGGAGUCGGAUUCGUCCGACGAUGAUAAGGAGCGGAAGCGGAAGAAACACAAAAAGAAGCAGAAGAAGAGGAAGAAGAGCAAGCAUAAGUAGUUUGAGUUCAGUGGUUGUAUCAUGUAAGCCGAUUAAUUAUAAAUGGAAGUAUAAUUGAUUUGUAUUGUAUAUAGUUGUUCUUUUUCCUUGGAUGUGAUUUUUUAAGUUAUGUAAAUUUAACGAAAUAAAAUUAAAAUGAA